AUAGAAAGUCGGAUGGCAACUCCAGAGGCGUGAAAUAAUAGGGAUAACAUUUUAAAAAAAGUCUAAUUGUUAAAUUGUUCAAUUUUGUAAAAUAUAAAUAAACUGAAAAACCAAGAAUGAACUGCAAUAUCAGCUAAAUUUUGGUGGAAAAAUUCAAAGGUGGUAAAAAGAUUUCGUUGACAUGGAUGCUCCAAUCAAGCUAGAGGUCAAAGUGGAGAACGACGUGGAUUGUGGUAUUAACGAGGAUGAGGCUACUCCGUUGCGGGAGACUACAGGCGAGACUCCGCCGCAUGCAUUUUCCUCCGGAGUUCCUAUGUCCGGAUCAGGUUGGGACAGUGAUCCCGAGGAUGGUGAGCUUGCCCACCACUCGGCGCCUCCGACUCCGAGCGCACAUCUACAGCCGCCACCAGACGCCAUCGAACCAAAGACGGAGCCGAAUUUGAAAUUAGAUGCCGAGAAUGCGAUGCUGGACAGCCUGCUGGCGGAUCCAUUCGAUAUUGGCCCCCCGCCGACCUUGCAGACCCCUGCCGAUGUAAAGCCUAAUGUGACGUUGGAGUCCGUUGAGCAGAGCAGGGCAACUACGGAUUUACUUCCCAGCCAAUUUUCGAAGCGCGAUAACUUGGACGACAUGGAUUUGUUCAGCCUCGAGGCCGCCAAGACGCUUGUACCAGACGAACCACAAAAUGGUACGUCCGUAGAAGAUUUGGAGGCAGCCGAUCUCAUUGCCCAGAAACGGGAGAUUCUAAUGAAAUUGGAGAUGGAAUAUGAAAACAGAAAGGUAAAAAAUAAGAAGAAGAAACACAAGAAGGAUCGCUCCCAUCGCUCAAAUAGAGAUCAUGAGGAGUUCGGGAAGCGAAAUCGUAGUGCCAGUUCGCAGGACGAGAACAAAGAUGAGAGGAACCGAAAUGAACGCGAUCAUCGGGGCCGCUACAAGUUUAAGAAACGAAAGAGUAGUGGCAGUUCGCAGACCGAGGGCCCGGAGGAGAAAAAACUUCGGGAUGCAGAAUUGGAUUACGUUCCAGUGCGGGCUGAUGAACAUAGCAUCCGACCAGUUAAAUUCUCCAAUCUCAUGGAGCAGCAGACACCGCAGGGUGAACUUAACACUGUGAAUCUGUCCAAGGCAGACAAGCGAGGUCUGGCCGUCGCCCGGGCGGAAUUGGUGCUGGAACAGAUCCAGCAGAUGGCCAACAAAGAGGAGCCGCCCGAAUUCCACAUGGUGGACACCAUCUGCAAGCUUCCUGUUAAUGAGUCGUUUAGGAACCAGGAUUGCUUUGAGAAUCCUUCGCCAAUUAGCAAUAACAUGAAUGUAGUAUACAAGUUCAAUUCCACACCCGGAACCAGAAUCGAUUUGGCUAAAUGGGGCCUGGAAGCAGUGCCCCAGGCGACUAAGAGGCUGCUGCGUCUACUGGGCAUCGAUAUGGUGCGUCUUAAGGAGCUCCAGAGCACAGUUAAGCCUUCGCAGCGUAUCCUGAAGCUGAAGAAGGAGCAACUUGAGCAGGGCUUGGCGCCGACAGAAGAAAAUGAAACGGCCACGCUGUACAAGAAUGCAGCUACGCAAACGGAGCGCAGAACGGCUUCCCACGAUGCUGGCACCCAAUGUCGUUUGGAGAGCCAGCCUAAUGGGGCCUUUUGGCAGAAUCCCAACUUCGACCCAAUGGAUUUGACGCAGCAACAGUCGAACGUUAUGUUAGCCCUACAGGAAAUCUACAAAACCCUGCCUAGUGCCACCUUGGCCGUUAAGCUCUACAAGGCAUUGGAACCUGCCCUGGCAAUAAUGAAGCGCCGUUAGCCAUAGUAUUCAACACUCACUUUGAUUCUCUUUAUACAUUUAAGAAAUACAUACAUAUAUGCACAUGCAUUAUACAUUUA